AUGGAGUCUGGCUCCAAAAACCCCUUUAGAAAGUGGAAGGCCUUAGAUCGCCAAGGAGACUCUGAUGCUGCAUUGUUACCUAUCCAAACUAACCAAGCAAGAUCUUCCAAUGUAAGGAUGCCUAAUUCUGAUGCUAGGGCUAGAUUUGCCACUGCCUCCUCUUUUCAAAGAUGUCAUGGGAGAAAAAACAUAAUUCCGCAGGUUGCUCUAUUCGAUCUGUUGAAGAAGUUUGAUGAACAUCACAACGAAAUAAUAUUGUUUGCGUACGGUUCAGUGGGAGGAUUUCCGACCAUGACAGGUGGUUCCAAGAUGACGAAUCUGCUCUUAUAUAAUCUUGAGAGGAAUCACAAAAGCUGGCAGAUUACUCAAGUCUAUGGUUUUUAUAACGAUUGUUUGAGGAAGUACGGGAAUGCAUUACCAUUAGAAACUGAUGUUAGUUUGUUACUCUCAAACACAAACAGCCUACUACAAGUCGGUGUAUUUGAUUGUCUCGCCAACCUCCUCCAUGACGAUUCGGUGGUCAAUGGUGUUCAGCCUAAGCUCAAAUUAGCGACAAGCGUCAAUCCUAAGUUGCUCGGAGGUAUGCUCACUCUAUUAAAUGUUGCAUACCCCAAGGAAUGUGGGAUGUUGCUUCUUCCUCUGCCUACGGUUGCUGAGCUUAAUGCAUACGUUCUCAACUCUGGCCCACAGGGGGAGUUGACAAUAUUGAAACUACAAAUGGAUAGUGCUCCACCUCAUUCUCGAAAUGGUCUAAAAAGCUUCAGCAUGUAUCGUGUCCAAACCUCUGAUUCAGAUAGCUCGGAGUCGGCUGUCUUUGUGGCUUUUGAUGUGAAAUGA